AUGCAAGCGAGCGGGCUUCAGCUGGCGUGGUUCUCGCUCGUGCCCCGUGGCGCUGUGAUUGCGAUGGCGAUGCUUGCCUUCUUGCAGUCUGACCCUGUUGUGGGCGCGAAGUGGACUGAUAUCCAGUUCAAGGGCGCCAUUGAUUGCCUGGCAGCCAAUGGGCUGACGAUGCCAGAAGAAUUGGCCAAUCUUCAAUUCGGCGAUUUGAAGGAUGCCGAUGGCGCGACGGCGCUGACGAAGGGCGUCCUGCGGCGCGCUCUGGAUCGCGCGACGGUGGCUGCAGCCAAGGCGAGUGCGCCGGGUGCCGCGGGGCCCGCGCCGGGAGAGCAUGUCGACAUCGGCGCUGGCCUGGCCCAGAUCAGCUUGAGGGACCUUCCGGAGUCCCUGUGGCCGAGGUCAGCGAAGACCGAUGCGCUGGCCACCGAGGUGCAGCGCGCGAAAUCCAGGGGAAUCGCGCGCCCGUUCAUUUAUACUGAGCUCGCGAAGUUCCAGCCGCUUUGCGCGCGCGGCGCGGGCGGCUCUCCCGACGAUGACGAGCCCGAGUCGAAAGAGGCGGCCGCGUUGGCCAGAGCGUUCGGACGGGGAACCGCGGCGGAGAGCCAGCCGCUUCUGGCGUGGACGCCAUGGCACCAAGCUUACGACGCGUGGAGCGUGGCGGCCGCGGUCACUGAUCAGAUUUCGUACACGAGCGCCAUGGCUCACAAACACGUUGUUCUCCAGGUUGCCUUGGUCUACGACCGCCUUGUGCGGAGGACGUGGGCCGAGCGUGCCGCCGCCGGCGCGGCAGGCUUCCAGGCCGCAGCUCCGCGCCAUGCUUCGGCGCGUUAUUCUCGGGCGCGCGUCGGCGCGCAGGUGAACGUUGCGGCGCUGUCGCUUGACGUCGGGCUGCUCCGCGCGGUUGCCGCGCCGGCCGGCAAGGGUGCAGGGAAAAGCGCCGCGGCAGCGCGCGGGCAGAGUGCGAGCGCCGCGAGCGCCGCGGGCGCCGUGGGAGCCGCGGGGGGCGCCGCCGUCACUUCCUGGAAGAACGACCGCGAUUCCAGAGCCGACGGGUGGCAGUCCCGAUCCUAUCGCGGGGACAAAGAGGCCUUUGAAAAGGCCGUGGUGGUGCCCGGCGAUGUUUUGGCGGCGAUCGAUUGGAUUGCUGCGCGCUCGGAGCGGCAGGUGUGCCGUGAGCGGCGAGCGACUCUCGAGCGAAUUCGGGCCAGGGACGCCGAGCUACGCGCCUCUGGAGCGACGGCGGCCUGGUUCGCGGGCUGCGAUGCCCAUGUGCGCACAAUCGCAGGGUCGAUCAACGGCCCUCUUCUCGUCGAACUGCUCGACGAAAUCGGUUACGAGGACGCGGCCUGCGUGGAAGUCUUUCGGCGCGGCGCGCCUCUCGUGGGCCCUCUCCCGUGCACGGGGAACGGGCGUCCGGAAUCUUUCCCUGUACCGCUCAGCCUGCCGGACUUGGCCGCGGGCGCGGAGCGAGGCAACGCCGCGCUGCUCGGCACGCUCAAGGAGUCUAGCGACUCCGCCGUGAUUCUCACCAAAACUAUCGCCGAAGCGGAGCUCGGCCGAAUGAGCCAUCCCGCGCCGCUCAGCGCGGUCGAGCUCGACGGUGCGGUUUUGUCGCCGCGGUUCGGCGUCCGGCAGUCGAGAGAGGACGGGUCCGAGAAGCUGCGGCUCGUAGAUGAUAUGUCGCGCUCUCGUAUCAACGCGGCGUCGCAGCCGACGGAGCGUCUCGGCCAUGAAGCCAUCGACGCUCUGUUUGGCACUUGCAAGGCAUUUGUGACGCGCGUGGGCGAAGCGCCCGGGCUCUGGAAGGCGGACAUAGACGCCGCGUUCCGGGCGCGCCAUCCUAGUAUCCCGGCGCACCUGCGAGUCUGCCUGCAAUGGUGGCACGAAGCGCUCGCCAGAAAUUUCACCACGACGCGGGAGUGGCAGGCGCCAGACACCAGGUCUGUCCAAUUGCUCUCCGACGCGCGGGGGAAUCCAGCUAGAGUGGCCGCGGUUCUUUUCAUUGACGGGCGCAUUGUCUUCACCGAUGUCGCCCCGCCUGAGCCUCUGCUUCGGCUCUUCAGGGAAAGGCGCGACAAUCAAAUCGGCGGUCUGGAGGUGCUCAGCAUCGCGCUGGGCCUGGCCACCUUUGAGCCGCUCCUGUCGGGCCGAUGCGUGAACAUCUUUUCGGAUAAUUCAGGCAGCGAGUGGGCCGUCCGGUCCGGUGCGGCGAAGCAGUUUGACCACAAUUGCCUGGUCCACUCAAUCUGGCGCAUGGCGCUGGAUGCGAAUUGCAAUCUGCACGUUCAGCGUGUGGCGUCGGUGGACAACAUCGCCGACCUGCCGUCGCGCGAGUCAUAUUCCCUGCUGUAUCGCUUGGGGGCGGAGUGGAUUCCUCCGGUGCUGGACGAUGUCGGGCAGGGGUUGGCGUCCUCCCUCGCGCACGUCGCGGUCGCGCUUCGCCUGUGGGCGCGCGAGGGCAUCUCUGGUUUGUCGGCGCACCUGGAGAAUGUCAUCGGUGUUCGCGCGAUGGCGCUGGCUGGAUUGCUCGCUCAGCUUCGCGCGGUUUGCCCUGAGGCACGCCCUCUUCCUGUGUUCGCCGCUGCCGAGCUGCUUGCCGAUAACGGCGCCGACGCCGUGAGCGAUUUGGUUGGCGUCACCCUGGCAGACUUCAGGGGCGCCGCGGCAUUAUCUUGCGACGCCCGCGAGGUGGUCCGCGCGGCUAUCGCGGCAGCCCAGCGCGGCGGCGCGCCAGCCGCACUGGGCAGGGGCAGCGCGGGCGCUUCUCCUGCGCCCGCCCCGUCGCCCGGGAUUGCCCCCAGGACCGACAUCGCGACGCGGUCGCCCUCGAGCGAAUCCGUCUCGUCAUCCUCCACGGUGCGCGCGCGAAUUUGCGGCAUGUCGCUCGCAGCGCUAAACGCGGGCGCCAGGCCCGUGGAAGUCUUCAGGCACCCGGCGGUUCGCGCCGCUAAGAACGCCAUCGAGAAGCGUUCGGGCUGGCAGGCGAAGGCGCGCAUGGCCCUUCAGGGCCGCGACGUCGCCCGUCUGGUGUCGCACCUGCGCGUCAGUGACGAGGGUCGCCGUUUCGCCAUGUUGUGCCUGGCGGCCUACGCAUUCCUCCUUCGGCUACCCUCGGAGGCCCUGCCCGCGGUGCGGGUUGAAGAUGGCGCGGCCGCGGCUUGCGUGGCCUCCGCGUUCGUCGUCGGCGAUCAAAAGAUCGAGCUGCACCUCUCCAGGAUCGCAGGGCUGCGCGAGAAGAUGCCCAGCGAGCUCUGCGCCGCCAUCUCCGCCGCCGUGGAGGUCGGCGUCGACGCCCAGGAGGUCGAGGAGGCCAAGCUGGCCCUGCGGGAGAUCGACUCCGAGAGGUACCGCGAGCAGCGGGAGGCGGACGUCGACAGCGCCGUCGCCGCGGGCGACCUCCCGGGCGUUCUGCGCGCCGUGUCGCUCGCCGAGGAGGCGCAGUCGGACGCCGCGUUCCUGGCCCGCGCCCGGCUGCGGGCCCUCGAGCUGGAGCUCGCGCUGGCGAUGGCGGCAGGAGACGCCGCGGCUCUGCAGGUGGCGCUGGAGAGGGCGCAGGCGAUGGACGCAACGCACGUGGCAGCG